CGCCAAUCCACUGGAAGACUUGCAGUCGCCUCCCCCUGAGCAGCUCCAUAUAAACUGGGCUUUACCCCAUCACACAAACCAGAACUUCCUCACCUCACACUCCACAGCUGCCGAUCUUCUAUCAGCUCCACACAAACAACUGUCUGUGACAACAAACUGCUCAGAGCACACACACCUGAAGCUCAGACACCCUCUUCACUCACAGACUCGCAAGUCAAGAAGCGCUAACAAGAUGAACAAACUUGUUGUCUAUGAACAUCCCGAUUUUAAAGGGCUUUCCCGAGAGUUCACUGAAGAUGUCCCUGAUCUGGUCGCACUGAGCUUUGACAAUAUCAUCUCAAGCUUGGAGGUGUUUGGCCAACCCUGGAUCUUGUAUGAACAUCAGUUCUAUUGUGGAAAUAUCCGAGUGUAUGAAGAAGGUCGCUAUAAAUUUACCGAAGGGUUCGGUGAUACGAUCUCAUCAAUGAAACUGAUCCAAGAUGACCUGAGCAAUCCUCGCAUAACUCUGUAUGAACAUCCCAAUUAUCAAGGCAUAUCCAGAACCUUCACCCAAGAAACCAACCUUGUUUUUGGCGACAUGAAUGACAAAGCUUCCUCCCACGUUGUCCAGGGUGGGGCUUGGGUUCUCUAUCAACACCCCAACUGCGAGGGGUACAGGUUUGUGGCAAGAAAUGGUGAAAGUGUCCCUGAUUAUGGUUUCAUGUAUUUCCAUGAUCGUGUAUCCCACAUCCGCCCUCUGAAGUCCGGGAAGCCUACGAUUAAAAAGGUGACUGUCCUUUGGGAUGAAGCGAAGACAGAAUCAAAGCAGCAAACAAUUGAUGAAAUUAUCAGUGAAAAUCAAACCCCCUACGAGCAAGCUUUCACAGCCGCCCAGUCCAUUACUAAGGAAGUGAACAUUUCCCAGUCUUUAACCUUCAGUCAAUCCAGUCAAAUCACCCUUGGCAGCACCUUCAACAUGUCAGCUUCAGUGGAUAUGUUUGGUAUCCAAGCUGGCAUGAGCCUUGAGCUGAAAACGGAGCUUCAGUUAGGAUUCCAAGUGGAAAAGGGCAAAACAGAAUCUAAGACUACAACCAUCAAACGUGAGUUCACUCUCCCUGCCAAGGUCCCUGCCAAGACAAGGCUGAAGAUUGGUGUGGUUCAGGAGCAAGUUACCUACGAUCUUCCUGUAGAGAUGGAGGUGUGGAUAGGAUCGGAGAUGAAACGAGAGAUGGCAAAUCUGCACUGCAAUGAUGGGAGUAAAGUUACUCUCAUCUAUAGCUCAGAGCAGCUGUAGUGCGAUGUGCUUGUUGACCCUUUGUGCGCUUGCAAUAUUCUGGGUUAAUUUGUCAAGUAUAGCUUUACCGGUGUUUCUGUUGUUGAUAGUUAAUUAACACUUUGCAUGUGAUUCAGUCACAUAUAGAUUAAACUGAAGGAAAAGGAAGAGCGAGCGAAAGAGAGAGAGAGAGAGAAAGAGAGAGAGAGAAAGAUUGAAAGAAUAUCAAAAAUAAGAAAGGAUGAAAAACAGAAUGGAAUAAAAAUAGAAAGUAAGAGACAGUGAGAAAGAAAGAGAAGGAAGGAGAGAAAGAGAAGACAUUGAGUUACACAUUAUAUUACUAUCGCUGCUUGCUCCUCUAAUGAAGCGUAUAUCUUAAUCUAAAUUCCCUUCUUCCCAUAAUCACUAACACACUUCCUCCGCACUUGAUUCCAUUUAUAGCACUCGCACAACCACCCCUGACAAACAGAAGAGAAGGAAAGAAAAAGAGAGACAGAGAAAGUAAACGUAAAAGGGAGAGAGACCAGAAAGUAUAAAUGAAAAAGUGGGAUAGGAAAAAGGAAGGCAUUUAAAUAUUUAAUGCUUAUUUCUAAAGCUUGUUAAUGACAAUUUAUUGAAUAAAAGGUGUUUGCUUUUGCAUUACA